ACCGUGCACUCCUUCUAAACAAAGCAAUUUAAAAAAUAAUUUGGGAAAAAGUGUUUCAACCUUAGUGCACUGUGUUCGUAACACAUUUUAGUUUUGGGAACAGAAAAAUGUAUUGAGAUCAGAUGUUUCAUCGAUGAGAAAAUGAGCAGAACGUUUGACUAGUUUAGCCUACUUCCAUCCUUUCCAACGACCCGCGACUGGACUUCCUCUCACUACCAUGUUUGGUGGUGCAAAAAAAAGCCCUUGUGAGGUGUCUGAUUACCCCUUCAGUAUGUGGUGCUGAUGGUAGUUUCAAUAUCCAAGGAGGCGGGGCAAGGAAUGGAACAGCGGAAGAUUCAAAACGGACAUGGCGGCCGAAAAAGAAGCCAACGAAAACAAAAGUGUAGUGAACUCUCAGGACCCUGCACCCCAGCCGGUCAUCUUCAACCCAGAAUUCUUUGUGGAGCGUCUGAAACAUGAGCGUCCCCAGGUGUUCACAGAGCUGGUCCUCAGUAACAUCACCAGGCUCAUAGACCUGCCAGGGGAUGAGUUUGCCCAGCUCACAGGAGAGGCAGACCCCAGACUGCCCACAGCACACACAGGCUUCCUACGCUCUCUCAACUUCCUCAAACGCAAAGAUAAAGGAGUGGUGUUUGGUGCUCCUCUGACGGAGGAGGGCAUAGCACAGAUCCACCAGCUGAUUGAAUACCUCAGCAAGAACCUCCAUGUGGAGGGGUUGUUCCGUGUGCCAGGCCACAGCCUGCGGCAGGCGGCCCUACGAGAGAUGUUGAACGCCGGGACAGAGAUAGACCUGGAGGCUGGGGACUUCCAUCCUAAUGAUGCUGCCACCCUGCUUAAAGCUUUCCUAGGAGAACUGCCUGAACCCCUACUCACACACAGACACUACCACGCCUAUCUGAAGAUAGCAGAGCUGACCCAGUUUGAUGAGAAGGGGAACAAGACUUCAGUACCGGAUAAGGAGCGUCAGAUCGAGGCCUUCCAGCUGCUGUUCAUGCUGCUGCCUCCAGCCAACCACAGUCUGCUCAAACUGCUCUUGGACCUGCUCUACCACACCGCUCGCAACCAGCACAACAACAAGAUGUCUGCCAUCAACCUGGCCACCAUGGUGGCUCCACACAUCAUCUGGCCCAAACACGUGCAAGCCAGUGACCUCCAGGGGAACAUUAAGAAGCUAAACAACGCAGUGGCUUUCCUCAUCAAGCACUCACAGAAACUCUUCAGGGCUCCUGUGUAUGUCAAAGAACAUGCCCACAUGCAUUUUAAAGGAUCAACCACCUCCCAGUUUACGGAUGGCCUGGCUCUGUGUGGUGGGGGUGCUCACCCCUCCCCCUCUAAGAGGGCUGGUGAGGCUGUGACGUGUACAGACGGGACCACCAACAGUAACACACACACUGAGCUGGCCCUCAGAGAGCUUUACCAACAGGUCAGCAGCAUGCCUGAGUCUGCCAAGAAGAAGAAACUCAUCAGACAGUUUGCUAAGCAGGUCCCUGGGACGCCAUUGAGUGACCAACAGACACUGUACUCGCAUAGGAAACAUUGCCGCUCACGCUCCUUUGGAGGAAUCAGGAGGAGAGCGUUAGGUACCCAGGGCCCGGUGGAGACGGCUAGCAGUAGCCUGGUGACUCCAGGAUCCAGCAGCUCAGCAGACAGACAGGAGAAGGAGGACAGCAGCUUUGGAUGGGAUUCCUCGUCUCUUAAAAGGAUGUGCUUCUCGCCAACGCAGGAGACGUCGGUCUAGCAGUCAGCUCAUCUCAUCCACAACUUUCUCCUCUCACUCUCAAAAACAUUUCUCUAACUUGGUUUUAAAAUGAAUCUUUUAACUAACAGGGAGACGCCCUGAGACAGUUAAACAGUCAAGUCAUUUACAAGCCAAGUAAUGUGUUGUCUUAAAAGCAGUAGAACCAUGCUUGGCCAGUGAUCAUGUCUUGUCUUAAAAGCAGUAGAACCAUGCUUGGCCAGUGAUCAUGUCUUGUCUUAAAAGCAGUAGAACCAUGCUUGGCCAGUGAUCAUGUCUUGUCUUAAAAGCAGUAGAACCAUGCUUGGCCAGUGAUCAUGUGUUGUCUCUUCCUUGUUCUAUUUGGAAAGAGACAUGAACACCUUGGUCAUUCUGGUCAAGUAGGACUUGGAAUGACUAGAAAAACCAGUGAGAACCAAAUUAAAACCCACAUUUCUGUGGUUUGUGUUUUGAGUUAGUUACUACUGUGUAGAGCAUGCCAUGUGGACAAACGUCUCAGGUAGGUAGAAGUAACCUGGAUCUAUAGGGAGUUUGCACUGGUUUGUAGUAAAUUACAAAGGAUGGUAAAAUUCUGAUUGACUACACGUUUAAGCUAAGCAAAGUGUUUUGAGUGCCUUAAAAUUAUAUUAGCAAAGUAGUACAGUUAAUGUGUGAUGCAUUAUAGUGAAUCUUUAUUUAAGCCUGUAAGUCCCAUUGAGAGAGUUUGUGGAGGCAGUAGCAUUGUCUAAAAUGUUCAGACUGAGCAGAGGUGAGUGUGAAAGAAAGAUGGAGGGAGAGAUGAGUGAGAGUAAAGUCUUGGACCAUGGUAUGUAGGGCUAUGACUGGUUUUCCUGGUCUGGUCAUGUGUUAAGGAAAACCUAGUAGACGUGAAUGAGACCGUAGUAGCUAAUGGUCUGUUGUUAUUACAACUGGUGUGAACUCACUGUUGCUUUGUUUGGGAGUGUUUCUUUAGCCACGGUCUUAAUCUGUCAACACUGUGAUUAUUAUUUUCUCUAUUUAAAUACUUUUUUCAUUUUUACUGUGUUUUGUAUUUUUUACUUUUUCUUGAGACUACAGCCAAAAUGUGUAUUAAUGGCCCCUUUUUUUUAUCCGCUUAUGUUUUAUGCAAUAUCUAUGUCCUUCUUUUUGAUACUGUUACAGAAAUGUUUUUCUAUGCAAUCUGUUACAAUUUUUUGUUAUUUAAUAUCAAAUGUUUUUAUCCAUGGUAUAGGCCUAUCUGCAUUGGUUCUGUUUAUAGCUAUUUUCAAAACCAGUCAGACAUUGAGUGCUGAAUCCUGACAAGAUUCAACCAUAUCUUCACACAAAUCCUCUACCAACAUACAUUUUUUUUUUUUUUACGGAAAUAUUGAAUAACUUACAUCUGUUUUAACGAUUUCCUUUUUCUAGUGGCAACAUUAACUUUACAUGUCAGUGGCAUUUCCAUUCUACUGAUCUGACUAUUGAGCAUCAGAAUUCUGUCUGUCAAACUGUUUCAAUGUGAAUGUGUCAUUAUUGGCAUUACUGUGAAGCUAUGCAACAAACUGCCAUUAAAAUACAAUGAAACAAACAUCUUUAUUUCCUUUGUGGUAAAAUUA